AUGCCUCCGGCACCCAAGCCGCUCGUCAAGCCCCAGAAGGCUUGCGUUCUGUGCAGAAGGUCAAAGGUCAAAUGCAUUCACGAGGGCGGCCCACCAUGCAAGAGGUGCCAGGACACCAAGUCCGAGUGCAAGUUCAGACUGAGAGCCGAUGACGAGGACUGGAGGGAGCGCACAGACGACACCAUCCAUCGCCUCGAGGGCAACGUCGACUUCCUCAUGCAGCACCACCACCAACGCGAAGGCUCCAGCUCCGGCGCGACGCCGGGCUUGCCAGGGCCAAGCCACUCUCGAAUGGAUGCUUUCCAUGCCUCGACUUCCUCGCCCCGGUCUCCUCGCGGCAUCGGAAAACAGAGCCCCUUUUUCGAAGGCCCGGCCUCGAAUGCAUACCAUCCAUACCCACCACCACAACAGAGGGGUCAGGGGACGCCCGGAUCGACGGCCAGUCUCGUAUCGCCACGGUACCCGUCCAACGGAGAGCGGUCCAACAGCUUCGUCGGUCAGCCUGACCGCAACAUCGGCGGCAACGGUGUCCAGUCCUCAGCAACACGCUAUCUCGAUUUCGACGGCGCCAGCGGACUGCUGAGCCAGAAAGAGGCGCCCAUGCGCGGCCUGCAGGGACAGCCACGCGUCACUGGGCCGAGCAGCAGCUCGAUACGGCCCGGACCUGACGGGCAAGGUCAGCUGUCCAACUCCGAGGCGGACCAGACGAGACCGUCGGGCAUCAUCGCUCUCGCGCAGGAGCCGGUCAACUACGGGGCCGACCUGCGUCAGACGCCGGCGGAGCAGUAUCUCUCAAUUGCGGCCACCAGCCCGUACGCUCGGCCCUCGCGGUACAUUGGCAGAGAGGACCCACGCCUCACGGUCAUCAGCAUGGGUCUGGUCGAUAUGGAGAUCGCGCGCCAUCUCUUCAUGUUCUUUGCACGGCAUCUGCAGCCGCACUCGUUCGGCUUCCCCUCGUAUCCAGCGGGCGAGAGCAUGACGCCGCUCAUCAUCGCAUCGAUCCUGAUGGUGUCGGCGAUGCAUGAGCCAUCGACACGACACCUCCACGACCGGUUCCGGCACGAGGCCUUCGCGGCGCUAAACGUGGACCAGGAGAUCUGCCGGGACAGCGCUCUGGAUCCGGAGCUGGGCAUCGGUGUGGAGGAGAUCACGGGGGCCUGCCUCGCGGCGUGCUGGCUCGGCGGCAGGACGGCGUUCAAGAUUGCGCGGAUAGCAAGGUGGUGGGCCGUCGCCUAUCUCAAGCACUUUGAGGUGCGGUCGGCGCAGACGCUGGGCGAGUGGAUGACGAUCUUGCCGCCGUUCCGGCAGAUCGACCUCGUCGAGAAGCUGCGGAUCUGGCUGAUGUCGUAUAUCGCGGAAGCGCAACAGGCCGUGAUGCAGGACGUCCCCUCGCUGAUCCCAGACUCGAACCCGGCACAAUACUGCGAGGGACUGCUCAACUCGCCAAAGAGCCACGACCAGAAGGGCGGCGGCGGCGGCGGCGUUUCCGGCUCUGCGCCCACGCACGGCGGCUCGAUGGCCAUCGGCUCUGCGUCGGGCCCUUCGCAGGCGCUGGCGUCGGAUCGGCAGCUGGUGGCGCACGCGCGCAUGAUGUCCAUCAUCCUCGCCGGCCAGGAGAUCCAGCGCAACGCCAAACGCAAGAUCGCGCUGGCCAAGGCCAACUCGCCGCAGGGCCUGGCGGGACGCGAUGCCGUCAUCUACGAGGCGCGGCAGCUCGUGGAGCGCUGGAGGGAGUGGCUCGAGGAGCUCAACCGGUGGAGGCUCGUCACUGCGCAGCACGAAGACCUGUCGCGACCAACCGAGACGUCGAUCGACCUCUCGCUCCUCUACCACCUCUCCCGGUCCUUCCUCGCCUCGCUUCCGCUGGAUCCGGAGCUGGGCAUCCUCGACGAGACGCACCUGGCGCUCAAGCACUCGUCGAACCUCAACGACACGCGCCUGGCCAUCGCGCAGCUGCGCACCAUUUCAACGGCCAAGCACUCGGCCGUUUUUGCGCUCCGCCUCGCGACGCGCACCGGCACCCACGGCUUCGGCGACCGGCUGGGCUACCUGCCCAACUUCUACCACUUUCUCCUCGGCCACGCCGCCGGGCUCCUCCUCACCCUCGUCAAGCGCCGCAGCACCUUUCUCAUGGCCAAAGAGGACGAAGGGCUCUUGGAGACGGCCGAAAAGUUUAUCGAAAAAUACGCCACCGUCAUCAUGUCGCACUCGAUCUUUUCCACGGGCGCCGCCAAAUCGGCGGCGGCCGCGGCGGCGGCCGCCAAGGGCGAGGACAUCGUCGUCGACAUGGACGGCGCGGGGUUACACCAUCCUCGUUCUGCCAGCCAUACUGCUUCUGCCGCAGCAGCGACGUCGACGGCGGCACCGCCGUCGGGACCAGGCAUCCCCACCGACAACACGACGACGGAUACGCAGUCGACCGGAGACCGGCACCCGGCCCUGUCGAAUGCACAGGAACUCAGCCGCGCCCUCUACCACGUCAAGGUGGCAAAGUCGCUCGAGGAGGCCUUCUAG